AUAUUGGAGCCCAAAACUUUCCUCUCCAAUUUCAUUUCCUCUUUCAAACACAUAUGAGACGAGGAAGAGGAGAAGAAGGAAGGAAUUCGAGUCGAAAUCUAAAUCCGAAUUCAAAUCCGAGUUCCGGAAGAAGAUUUAAGGAGAAGAAUCGGCAGCAGUAGCUAUGGAGAGCCCGGAUUUCUCGCCGCCACACGUCGAUGCAUCUCGGCCGUCCCUCGGGUUCCCCCUCGGCACGGCCCUGCUCCUCAUCAUCAUCUUCAGCCUCAGCGGCAUCUUCUCCUGCUGCUACCACUGGGAGAAGCUCAGAUCGCUCCGUAGAUCCUACGACGCCGACUCAGCGGACCUCGAACAAGGCCCGUCUAAAAAUAAAUCUCCAAAUACGGAUUUGAAGGCCAAUCAGAGGCAGAGCGUGCCGGUGUUGAUGCCUGGAGACAACGUGCCGAAGUUCAUUGCAUUGCCGUGCCCGUGCGAGCCUCCGCGAGACGACAAGGUCGUCGUCGAUGUGCCAAAGCCGCCGGUGAAGCUGUCGAGAUUUCCGAUUGCGGUGCCUCUGUACUAGUUACUGGAGUUGUUUUGCGGUGUACAUAAUUAUAAUGUUAAAAGACAAGUGUUGAAUUUAUUCAAUUUCUCACUUUAGUUGUUAUAAAACAGGGGAAAAUUUUUUGUAAAUGGUGAUCGUCGUUACUGAUGUUUUUGGUGAAAUCUAUCAUUUACUUUGCGU